CUCUGCUGCUCCUCCUAAGACAGAUUUAACCAUAGCCAUUCUGCACAUGCUCAGUAUAGUAUGUUUUUCUUUUGUUGGGAGAGUGCAUGUGAUCAGCACAGGGCCAAUCAGCACUGUCCAGAGGUCAGGGGUUUUGCAUCAUCCUACAGUAGAAACAAAACUCCUCCCACAAGCUUUAACCAGUGCUCUGCUGGACACUGAUAGAAAUCACAAGACUGCUCUAACUGCUGAAGAGAAAAGGUAUUUAGCAGUUUAUAGUUACUGA